AUGGAUGCAGUUGCUUUCCAUCAUCAUAAUCUUCUUCGUUUUUCCAUGUGUUUCUCUUUCAGCAAGCAGUGUUGUUUAGGAAAAUCUUCAAUAUCUAUGACAGAGGUUGCAGUUCAACCUUCAAUCUUUGUGUUCCCAAAGGUUGUCUUUCCAUUUACUAAUUCAAGCAUAAGAUCUGAUGGAGACAAAGAUGGUCAAACCAGUAGGAGAAAUGAAAACAAGAGACCUCAAUCAUUUGAUGGUAAAAAAUCAAAGUCUUCUGACCAGGAAGAGAUAAUUGCUCUAUUCAGAAGAAUACAGUCUUCAAUAUCAAAGGGAGACUCGCAUGACACUAUGAGUAAGACAAGUUCCAAUGCAGAUAAGGAUAAGCCCUCGACUGAAUCAAUUCUAGAUAUUCUUGGUGAACCAAAAAAGCAGGUGAAAGAUGGCAAAAUUCCAAACAAGGCAAAAGAAAAGGUGUUGACAAAUAGAAGAGGUGUGUCUAGGAAAGAGCAAGGGGUAGAGGAGCAUCCACAUGUAUCAGACUUUAAGUUGACUCGGCCACCAUCAAAUUUCGUAAGGAAAUCACCUAUUCCAUCUCUAUCAACCCCAAGAGGAAAGGUUAUUGAGCUAAGUACUGAAGCAUUGCCAGCCAUCAUGGGGAACAAGCAGGUACAAUCAGAGAGACUGGAAGAACUGAAACUUGCUGAGUUGAAAGAAGUAGCAAAGUCAAGAGGAGUGAAAGGUUACUCUAAACUAAAGAAGGGUGAACUUCUUAAAAUACUUAGGUCCUAG